AUGGAAGCUGCUGGUGCCUUGGAAAACUUCCCAUGCGUGGUCAUCAAAGGGGUUCGUGACUAUACUGAUAACCACAAACACCAGAAGUGCAUUUAG